AUGGAUGGCUACAGCGAUUUCGAUAAACUUGGCAAGCCGCCGGCAAUACAAUGUUGCAACAUAACGACUGGUCCUUGUGAUUCUAAGGCAGCUCAAUCGGCCAAUGUGCCAGGAUGCAGAGACAAAAUCGUCACUUUUACCGCAUCAAAUAUGCAGAGUUUGUUGAUUGUUUCCAUUUGCGCUAUUCUGUCGCAGGUCGCUCUCAUUGUGAUUGUGAUGCUGGUGAUUUGCUUGUGA